AUGGAGGAUCCCAUCCAGCUGAAAGAGGAAGGCAAUAAAUAUUUUCAGGCCAGUGACUAUGAGAAAGCCCUUCAAAGCUACACUCAAGCCAUAAAGCUCAACAAGGACAAGGCGCUGCAGGCGGUGCUGUACAGGAACAGGGCAGCCUGCUUCCUCAAAAAGGAGCAAUAUGCCAAGGCAGCUUCAGAUGCAUCUAGAGCUAUUGACAUCAAUGCCUCAGAUAUCAAAGCCUUGUACCGGCGCAGCCAAGCCCUGGAAAAACUGGGCAAGUUAGACCAAGCAUUCAAAGAUGCUCAGAAAUGUGCCACCCUUGAACCACACAACAAAAACUUCCAGGAGACCUUGAGGAGACUGGGGGCCAACAUCCAGGAGAAGCUACGCAUUCAGUUCUCCACAGACUCGAGGGUGCAGAAGAUGUUUGAGAUCCUGCUGGAUGAGAACAGUGACAAAGAAAAGCGGGAAAAGGCUGCAAACAACCUCAUAGUCCUGGGCCGGGAGGAAGCAGGUGCUGAGAGGAUUUUCCAGAAUAAUGGGGUCAACUUGCUGCUGCAGCUGAUAGAAACCAAAAAUCCUGAGCUGAUCCUGGCAGCCGUGAGGACACUUUCAGGAAUGUGCACAGGACAUAAGGCUCGGGCCACUGCCAUUCUCCAUUACCUGGGCAUCGACAGCAUCUGCAUGUGGAUGUCAGUGGACAAUGAAGAAAUCUCCCUGGCUGUCUGCAACCUCCUGCAGACCAUCACUGACUGCCUGCUGGGCCAGGGGAAGGAGGAGCACCACGGCAAGGAGGAGGCUCUAGUGCUAGACACUAAGAAGGAUUUGAAGAUGAUCACAAUGCGUUUGCUGGAUAUGCUGGUCAGUAAGAAAGUGUCUGGACAAGGGCGAGACCGAGCCCUGAACCUCCUCAACAAGAACAUACCAAGGAAGGACCUGAAAGACCUUGACAACAGCAGGAGCAUCUUUGUCAUCGACAAUGGCUUAAAAAAGAUACUGAAAGUGGUGGGCCAGAUUCCUGAGAUGCCUGACUGCCUGCCACUGACAGAGAACACCCAGCUGACUGCCUCUGUGCUCCUAAGUAAGCUCUACGAUGACCUGCGCUGCGACCCGGAGCGCGACAACUACCGGCUGAUCUGCGAGGACUACAUCAAGAGCAAAAUUGACCCACAAGACAUGGAUAAGACACUGCAUGCUGUCCAGAUCGUGUCUGGAGUUCUGCAAGGCCCCUUUGACUUGGGCAACAAGCUGCUUGGCAUGAAGGGAGUGAUGGAGAUGAUGGUUGCCCUGUGUGGGUCUGAGAGGGAGAUUGACCAGCUGGUGGCUGUGGAAGCUCUCAUCCACGCCUCCACCAAGCUGAGCCGAGCCACCUUCAUCAUCACCAACGGGGUGACACUCCUGAAGGAGAUCUACAAGAAGACCAAGAAUGAGAAGAUCAAAAUCCGAGCUCUGGUGGGUCUGUGCAAGCUGGGCUCAGCAGGAGGCACAGACUAUGGCCUGCGGCAGUUCGCUGAGGGCUCCACUGAGAAGUUGGCCAAGCAGUGCCGAAAGUGGUUGUGCAACACCAGCAUUGAUGCCCGCACCAGGAAAUGGGCUGUGGAAGGGCUCUCCUACCUCACCCUCGAUGCAGAUGUGAAAGAUGACUUUGUUGAAGACGAGCCAGCCCUGAAAGCUAUGUUUGAUUUAGCCAAGGCAAGUGACAAGACAAUCUUGUAUUCUGUGGCUUCUGCACUGGUGAACUGUACCAAUAGCUAUGAUACCAAGGAGCUGGUCCCAGAGCUGGUGCAGCUGGCAAAAUUCUCCAAGCAGCACGUGCCUGAGGAGCAUCCAAAGGACAAGAAGGAUUUUGUGGUGAAGCGGGUGAAGCGGCUGCUGAAGGCCGGCGUUGUCUCUGCCUUGGCCUGCAUGGUGAAGGCUGACAGUGCCAUUCUGACAGACCAGAGCAAGGAGCUCAUUGCCAGGGUGUUUCUUGCCUUGUGUGAAGACCCCAAGGACCGCGGGACCAUUGUGGCUCAAGGUGGUGGGAAGGCACUGAUACCUCUGGCUGUGGAAGGCACAGAUGUUGGCAAGAUAAAGGCUUCUCAUGCUCUGGCAAAAAUCGCUGCUAUCUCCAAUCCAGACAUUGCAUUCCCAGGGGAGAGGGUGUAUGAGGUGGUGAGGCCCCUGGUCAGCCUGCUGAACACAGAGAGAGAUGGCCUCCAGAACUACGAGGCUCUGUUAGGUCUCACAAACUUUUCAGGAAGAAGUGAUAAACUUAGGUUGAAAAUAGUCAAAGAGAAGGCCCUGCCAGAUAUCGAAAACUACAUGUUUGAGAACCACGACCAACUUCGACAGGCAGCCACAGAGUGCAUGUGCAACCUGGUGGUGAACAAGGAGGUUCAAGAUCGGUUUGUGGCUGACGGCAAUGACCGGCUGAAGUUGGUGGUGUUGCUGUGUGGUGAGGAUGAUGAGAAGGUUCAGGUUGCAGCAGCAGGAGCCCUGGCCAUGCUUACAGCAGCACAAAAGAAACUCUGCUCAAAGAUGACUCAAGUGACCACCCAGUGGCUUGAGAUCCUGCAGAGGCUCUGCUUGCAUGACAACAUGGAGAUCCAGCACCGAGGACUGGUCAUUGCUUUCAACCUAAUCAGCUCUGACAAAGAGCUGGCAAAGAAGCUGGUGGAGUCGGAGCUCCUGGAGAUCCUGACCUACGUGGGGAAGCAGGAGGAUCACCCCAAGAAGCAGCACAUCAUUAAUGUGGCUCGUGAUUGCCUCACCAAGUGCAUGGAUUAUGAGCUGAUCAAACCUCUCUCUCGGGCGUGAGGGACUGAAAAGCACCAAAAAAAGGCUGAGUGUGGGGGGAAAAAACAGAAAUACAGAAAAGUGAGAGCCAUGAGGAGAAUCUAGUGCCAUUGUCAAGGCACUGAAUAGUUUGGGGACAGCUUUGGAGGAUCAUAAGCUGUAUGAGGAAAGAGGGAAUUUGCUGGAAAUUUGGGAAGUGUCCAUCUGAGUGAUUCCCAGAUGGUGUAAAUCCUUUCUCUGCCCCCAUUCAGCUGAUAAUGAUGAAAGCUUCAAGGCCCAGCUGUAAAGGAGUUGGUUGUGUUGGAAAUGUGUCAGGAGGCUCUUUAGAAGGAAAUUCAACAAAGCUGAAAUCAGUUCUGCAUCCACCUCCAGCUCCUGGUACUUGUGGAAUUCCCAGCAAUGGUGGAACAGGGAGGGUUAAGUGCCUUCUAUUCUGUAGUCAGAAAAUAGGAUUUUAGCUGUGUGCCUUUUUGUUCAUUUAUUGGAAGUUGUGUGCCAAAG